CCGUUGCUCCACGAGCAGGAUGUACAGGACUGGAAGUGUGUCAGCUUGAAGAAGGGGAUUUGUUUGUGUUGUAUUUUGGGAUACUGGAUCUGUGUGUGUGAAAGCAUUAGAGCUGGGGCGUGUUAGUUUCAUAGUAAUGGUGUCAGUGGGUCUUUAGCACACAUACACUGUACCGUACCGUGUGUGAGUGUGUCAGCAGGACUGAAUCAUCGGGAGUAAUUUGACCACCGGGACUACAGGUUAUUGACUUUGACUCAGGGUGUGUUUUCAUGCAGGAGAGUGAGGGAUGUGGGAAGGUCUUAAGAAAAGGAAUACAGAUGUAAUGUAACAGGACGACGGGAUGAUAGACCCCCUGUAGGGGCUUGAGGACUGCCCCAAAAUGGGGAACAGCGUCCAGAAGAAGAAGAAGAAGGUGCAGACAGAGAAAAACUUCUCCACAACCCUGUCCCCGAGUCCCAACAGGGAAAAGCCUAAAGGCUACUGGCUGUUUGGAAGUCGAGACAAACUGAAAACAGCUGGCCCGAAGGGGAAUGAAGACCAGAAGAGGUUGACCGUCCACUACACGACCUCUCAGCACUACCAGGAGAAUGUUUUCAUUGAGGGCAGCAGGCCACAGUACCUGGAGGACCUGCACACUGAGGCGCAGGAAGGGCUCAAGAUACUACAGCAGGAAGAAAACAAGAAUGGAGUCAACUUUCCUGACGCUGAGAGCAUUGCUUCCACAGACACACUGCGUCCGGAGCAGGAUAUCAGCUCCAAAGACGGAGGUGGCUCUCCAGAGUCGAGAUCCACCACCGGGAGUACUGAUACCACGCUAACCUCUGCUGUGUCGAGUAGGCCUGUGCUCACCCGCCAAGGUUCAACAUUCAAGCCUUUGAAUCCAGUAAAAAGAUUAGAUAAGGGCAGGAAGAGGAGCAGGAGGACCACCAUCAUGGGUAUUCCCAACCAGGUCCAGAAAGAACUUGCAUUGCACAAAAGCUCAACCUUCCAGCAGCUUGUUUCCACCCAGCCCCUUAAUCAGGACGGACAGGUCAGAAACAGCCAAUCAGGGGUUGUAAUCAUUCCUACAGUCGAUGGAGGGACUCCAGUAGCAAAUAAGGAGGGAGCGAGGGUGCACCUUUCAGAGCUGGAGCAGGAAUCCAGGAAUGAACAGCUGCUGAGGAAGCACCUACAGGCAACGUACCAAGACGAACAACCCUUCAACCACCAGGGCUCCUAUCUCUGCCCCACCUCAACCCUGAGACCCAAGUCCCUUGCAGUACCUGACAUGACCACUUCCAUCUCUCCUUCAACAAUGUUUAGCUUCCUCCAGGAACCCCAGGGCCCAGUGAUGUCCAUAUCUCCUCAGGCCACAUACUUGUCGACAAUCAUCCCUAAUGCGGUCUUGCCAUCCUCAAUUGAAGUCAUAGAGAUUGACCGAAGCAGCAGCCGGACACGCGGCGGCAGUGUAAACCAUGGCAGUGGCAUCCGUACUGUAAGCAAAAGCAGCCUGGCAUCUGGGGACUCAUCAGUCAGCCCUUUGUUGUCCAGAAGAUCAGAUGGUGAUGGUUACCAGACCGACAAUUUCCAUAACAACUCCACACUGAUGCCCACAUCAGCUUCGGGGUCAAACUGGAACGAGUCACAAUCUUCAAAGACUAUUAUUUCAAGCUCCUCCCCUGUAUCCUCUAAGGGUAGCACACGUAGUGGUAACUCACAGAGAGUGCGUCUAAAUGGGCAGGAAAGCCAGACAGAGCAUUCUAGUGGGGACCAAGACCUUAUCAGUCUCCGUAGCUCAGGUAGCAUGAUUAGCAGCCCAAGCAGUAAAAGUGAAAAUGCUGCCACAGGUCAAGGGUCUGAGACUGGUGUUUCAGGCUCAGUGGCUGUUGGGGAGGAUGCGAAGACCAAACAGAAUUUCACUCGUAGUCUAUCGGUUAUGAAGACCAAGCAACCCCCUGCACCUCCACAGAGAACAAACUCUCUGCAUGGUAAUAAGAUCAGAAGCAACUCCAGGGUUCUGGUGGAUAUCAAAGAUCUCAGUGACUCUGUGUCUGGAGACGGUGGUAAUCCCACAGAAAAUAUUAUAGUCAAGGAUGAGAUAAGAUCAUUUACUGCAGAUACCAGUAAGAUCCCCACCCCUGUUUCAAACUCCACUGGGACCAGCUCUUUAGAUUCCUCCAGUCCACUCCCCAAACAGGCCUCUUCCAGUGUGGCAGGAGGAGCAGUAGGGCCUCAGCCAGAAUCCAUCAGCUCCUCCCCACAGAAAACUCCCUCGGAAGGGGGGAAGUUUGAACGGACCAUGUCCCCUUCCAGCGGCUAUUCCAGUCAGAGUGGGACUCCGACACUUUCCCCCAAAGGGAUCCCCCCAACCUCCCCUGACAAACAGAAGAAGAAACCGGUGAAACCAGAGAGAUCAGUGUCUCGGGCCUCGUCCUCAGCAGCUUCUCCAUCGUCCUCUCUUACCUCUCUAUCAUCUGGUACAUCUGAGCUUGUCAAUUCAGAUGUUUCCACAUGUAGCCCCAGUCUGCCUUCACAGGGAUCUCCACUCACUGUUGCUGAAAAAGAACUUACUCCGUACAACAAUUCUUCGACUUUGAGAGUUGAAGUCAGAGAACUGUUGAACAUCCCACCACCUCCCAAAAUCAAAGCACCGUGUCCUCCUCCUCCAGAGACAUGGGCUCACAACAGAAGCACCUUGGAGCUCUUGUGUCGGCCUUGCCCUAAAGUCAGCAAGGUAACCCAGAAACCAGCACAGGUACAGGAUAGCACAGUUAAACUAGACAGAAUUCAGACAGAAGCUUUAGUUGAACAACAAUCAACAAUAGACAAAUCUGUCUCAGAAAGCAAAGCAAAGCCUGAGACAUUGUUAGUACCAGGUCCUGAAGAUGUUCACAAGGAGCUGGAGAAUAAGAAAAGUCCACAUACUGAACAAGAGAAGAUGGAAGAGGGUGCAGGUGUUCAGAAACAAGAGCAGAGUAGUAGCCCUGUAGGGAAGGACCCCGAGAGUCAAGAGACAACUCGGAAGAAAGAGCCUCCUCCAGUCAUGAGGAAACCCAUGACAGCACUGCAUAAAGAGGAAUUGGUCUCAAAUGACCAGUCAGAUAGGCAACAAAAGAAAAUGUGUAGCAGUGCCACAACAGAAGUCCGUUUACCAGUUGAGAACCACACAACCUCCUUACAGAAUGGGGUUCCAGUUUUAGCUGAUAAGAGCGAGAAUGAGAUGGACAAAAGUGAGGUCCCAUCCAUGCAGACACUUUCUAUAGAGGUCCCCAAAAUUAGUAAGAUCUCGCCACCACCCACCCCUCCACCAGCAUACCACCCUACACCUCCUCCGUCAAGAAAGACACCUCCUUCAUCAGUAUCUAUGCCACCAGAUGAAUUACAGAGGGUGCAGGAGGAGAUCCAUGUUGUAGAGUCUUGCUGGCCACCUCCUCCGCCUCCUAUGGAAGGGGACUCUGUCUUUGAUGGGGGAGACGAGGUUGACUUUCCUCCACCUCCUCCACCCUUCGUGACAGACAGUGUGCCAAAUGUGAUGGACAGUUGUAUCACAGAACUGGAGGCCUCAAAAAGACCCACAGAAAAAGUUGGAGAGACAAUUGAGGAUUCAAGUGAAGCUGGGACAUCUAAACAUGGUGAAAUUCCAGAUUUGCCUCCUGCUCCACAAACAAUAACUGACACCAAACCGGAGACUGUCUUGCAAGUUUCAGAAGCUAACAUCUGUGAUGAGAUUUCUAGCGCACCAGAACAGAAUUUAUCUGUUUCAGCCCCACCUCCACAAGUGGAGGCGACACCUUUGCCACCUAUUACAAAAGCAAAGAACGCAGUAUCAGUCUCUGCUUUACAUUCAGCAAGCAGUUUCCAAAAGCGAAACUCUCUGAAAACUGAAGAUCAGUCGCCCUUCGAACCUACCGUCAGUGCCCAGCUUCCAAUUACUGUCCCAGUAGCACCCCCUUUACCAGCUGAGAAUUUCACCCAUGGGGUUAAUUUCAGAAGGCAGCCCAGUGUAGCAAAUCGAGAUGCCAGGAGCAAGGAGCUCCUUUCCCGCCACAAAAGUGCACCCAUUCCUAAAGAGGAUGCUAAUAUACCUCUUGUCACCCCCUCUCUGCUUCAGAUGGUUCGUCUCAGAUCAGUCAACAUGACUGAAGACCAGGUGAAAGCUCCAUUGGAGGACAAGUCAACAAACCAGGGAGCUCCAGUUCAGGAUAAUUGCCUGGGCUCAAUCCCAGGAACUCAAAACAUUCCGCAGAAGCCCAUCCGCAAGUCUCUGUCACUAAAAUCUCCCCCUCAGACAGUAAAAACAUCACAUGUGACACUAACCACCCCUUCCAUGCGCUUACAGGAAGCCAUACGUAUGAAAACCGCAGCCAUGUCUUCAAGAGACGGUGUUCCAUCUCGUCUGGGUGUGAGGUCAUCCUCUUACAGCCUUGUCAGUGAACAAGGGGCUCCGUCCCUGAAAUCACCUGAAGGAUGUGACAUGCACAAGUCCCCAGCCUCUACCGCCAGCUUUAUCUUCUCUAGGAACGCAAAAAAGGUCGUCAUAGAGACUGCAGCUGCCACCUCCCCUGAAGCUCAGGCAAGUCUGAAGCAAAGCUUGGCGGCUGAGCUUAUGCAGGUGUCUGACCAAUCGAAGGCUGACACUUUUUCCAAUGGAGGCCUGAAGUAUGACAAAGUUCCUCCACCAGUAGCUAAGAAACCAGCCCAGGGGAGCAUCAGUCCUUCACAGAGUCUUCCUGCUUGUUCAGCAAAGAUGGACUUCAGUGUUGAAGGAAACGGAAAAAUAGGAGUACAACAUAUGAGUGGAAUAACACCUCCUGAGACAACAACUACAAGAGUGACAGCGGACACAAUUGAAACACUGUUUUGAAAGAGUUUUGUGACAAUUAACUGAAGGACAUGCCAGAGGAGCAAGCAAAGACUACAAGCGAGUAAAAGGACAACAGCAUGGACUGACAUUACUGAGACAUAUAACUCAACUAUCAAGAAAGAGUGUUGUGUGUGUUAAAACUUCUUCAAAAGCCUUAGCCUGAAAUGGCCUUCCUACAUAUUUAUGCAAAAAAUGUCUCGCUCCCAAUUUCUUAUUAUAGCUUUAUUCUGGAGUAUUUUUCUAAGCUAUAGUUUAUCUCUUAUUAAGGCCCCUCAGGAUGAAAUGGUGCACAUUGACUGAACUGUAAAUAUUUGGCUUGUGUUAGAUCGCCUCCCAGAGGUAGCAUUAGGUAGUGGUCACUGCAGCUCAAAGAAAAGGAUUUGUCUUGACAAAACAUUUCUGUACAUAGUUUUACUGUCUGUUAAGUCCUUUUUCCCUGUUGUAAUAUAAUACAUAAAUUUCAUGGGGAUUUAAGCAGUUGUCAGAAAAAGCGGACAAUGGCAUCCGCAACAGGACAAAUCAGCAAACACUUUUUUUUGCUUAAAGAUCUGACUAAAAACUAAUUGUCACACUCAAUUUCAGUCCUGCUUUUCACUGUGUGGAGAUAUAUUUUAUCUAUAUAUCUGGAAUAGUAUUUGAGAAAAAGGGAUGCUGCGUACUCACAAGAGUAAGGGGAAGAUAGUUUGUCAAUUAGGGCAGAGGCACUUUUGUAAAGCUACAGAUGAUAAACCAGUUUGACUAGAUAAGCAUCUGAUGACAACUGCUAAAAAGUCAAUUACAUGCUUCUACUCAAUCUGCACAAUGUCUUCUUGGGUUAGUAAAGGGCAGCCCAACACAUUCUGAGAAAUAUUUUAGGAAAAUAGUAACAAGUAUCCUAUUUAUUUAUGUGUGGUUGUUUCCACUUGUAGCACUGUCAGUCACCUUUUCCUACCAAAUAUGAAAUAUUUAAGAAUCCACUUCAUCUGAAAAACACUUUUAGGGCUAUGGGUGUGACGAUUGGCCCUGGGUGAUUGAUACACUGGAGUAGACUUAAGUGUGAGGUCAGUGUUUUUAUUAAAUGUCCUCUAUCUAAAACUUCGGGCCAAGCCUUUCUGGUGGAAAAUCCAGCUCAUCACUAUUUGCACAAAAUGCAUUCCCCCAGCAAAAUCACUGGUGAGUGAAUUAUACGGACUCUUUGUAAUGGGUCAAAAAUCUACAUCUUGAUGAUUAUAAAGACUUAUGUACAGUUAUUACUUCUAUAAAUAAAAUUUAAGUGUAUUAAAAAUGCGGUUCCCUGCAUUUGAUGUGGCACAGACACCUAAAUGUAUUUACUUUACACGUAGAAUUCAUCUAACAUAAAUAUAUUUGAUUUCUGCAGACCACAGAAUUCAGCCAGCAUUUAUUUCGUAUUUUGUAUUCGAGAAGAUGCAUGAGUUGAUUAUAUGACAGUUAAUGUCCAGAUAUUGAUUUCUGUACAACACUACCCCCAAUGAAACCUUCUUAUAGUACAUGACAUAUUGACUUUUAUAUACAUCUGAAACCCAUUCUUAUUAAUUGGCAGAUUGGCCACUGUCCUGACACUGGACAUGACCAUGAAGGCAAAACAAAGCAAUUUUAACCCAGAAUGUAGUGAAACAUUAAAUCCCUUUUUAAACACCUGAGAUUCCUUGUCAGCUACUACCAAGAAUGAGCAACCACUACUGCAACAUACAAUAAAGUAAUCUAUUGUCGGA